CAAAAUUGGUUCGGUUAUGUGUACGCUGCCGCUGUGGCCGCCAAGGCGGGUUCCAUUCCAACGCUGGGAGCUGGCCUGGCCUUUGGAGCCCUGCUCGGCUCCGGUGCCCAUCUGAAUUCCCAGGACACGCCGCGUCCCCUGCUCCAACUGGAAACAUCCCUGUUCCUGGCUGGAUUAAUGGGCUUGAGGUGGAACCGGUCCGGAAGCUACAUAUAUACUACCUUCAGGAUAUUAUUGGCAAACACUGCACCUAAAACAUUCACUCGGCAUUGGCAAAAUGGGAAAACUAAGCUGUUCUUUGGUGCUGUUCAAGGACGAUGCCUCUAG